CGCAUCUUCUGUUGUUCAUAGCGUGAGUUUUCUUCUUCAUCACUACCAGAAAAAAAUGGGAUCUUUUCUAUCAAGCUUGUUUGGAGAAGGAUCAGAUGGUAAGAAUGCAUCAACAUCAUCAGAAACUCCUGCUAUUAUCGCUUUUCAUUCUUCAGAAAGGUGGCAGCUCCACUUCAAUGGCUGUAAAGAUUCUACCCAACUGCUGGUUAUAGAUUUUGCUGCAAGUUGGUGCGGCCCCUGCAAAUUUAUGGAGCCAGCAGUACAGGAGAUGGCUAAUAAAUUUUCUGAUGUUCAGUUUGCCAAAAUUGAUGUAGACGAACUAUCUGAUGUGGCACAGGAAUUUAAUGUGCAGGCAAUGCCUACAUUUGUGUUGAUGAAGCAAGGGAAGGAACUGGAUAGGGUGGUUGGGGCCAGGAAGGAUGAGCUUGAGAAGAAGAUUGUGAAGUACAGAGGACGAACUUGAGAAGAAGAAUGUGAAAUACAGAGCUCUAUAAAAGGGUUUUCUGCAUGCGUGUUAUUCACUUUGUAUUUCUAAUUCGAAAGAAUAAUUGAUAAUGUAACUAUAUUGUUGCUUCUGGGUUUGAGUUAAUUCAGAAGAUUGUGAAAUACAUAUAAUGAUAUGGGUUUGAGUGAAUUUUAUAUUGCUGGCUA